CCGGAAACGAACGGCCAGCUUCCACAUUCUUUUUCCUUGUAUCCUCGCAACAGUGAAAUGAAAGAAGUUUAUUGAAGUGCAGUAGAAAGAUGGAUGCAACACAAGUGGUUCAGGAUUUCUCGUUUGAGGAUGAAGAAGAGGAAGAGGAUGAGAGUGGUGACGAGGAGGAAGCACAGCCAGUGGCCAAGCUGAAAGUUUUCAAGAAUGAACAUGUCCCAGAGACUGAGUUGCUUCUUUACCCAGGAGAGAACAUUUUGGGCCGUGAUGCAUCUUUCUGCACAGUGCCCUUACCUGCUCCGUCAAUGUCAAAGCGUCACGCCGCCAUUUCCAUCUCUGUGUUCCGUUCGAACGGACCCCAUGCUAGUGGAGCCACAGAAGCACUCGUCUGGGACAUGGGCAGCCUGAAUGGCACCAGGAAAGGCCGCUUGAAGCUAACACCCCACGUACGCUAUGCCCUGAGUGAGGGGGAUAAAGUGACUCUAGCCGAUCUGCCAUGCCAGUAUGUCUCUAUCAGGGCAGCUGAGGGAGAGACUGGCGAGGGUAGAGCGAGGACACCAGGCUGCCUUGGUGGGGAGAGGGGAGAGGAGACACUCUUGCCUCAGGGGGAGAGCCGCAAAGUGAAUCAGAGGACAGAGACACACACAGAGGCUGUCAGAGCAGUGGAGAGGGCAGCCAAUGGGGAGAGGGGGUUUCUGACGCCCAGCAGUGAGCACAGGGGUGCCAAACCGAGAGGCAGCCAUGUCAUGUCGGCCGGGCCAGAGCAGAAGCACCAAAGUCCUGCCCCCCUGGUGCCUGAAUCUGACUCAGAGUCUGAUGGAGAGAGAGAGGGACGGAGGCCAAGAGCAGCCAAACAUUUAGUGUCUUCAGAUUCAGAGUCUCCAUGGAUGCCCCAGCCCACUAGUUCAACAUUCCAGAGUCCGUCAGGCGCUUCUUACAUACCAGAGAGCCCCUCUUCCUCAGUGAGGGGAGGAGUGAACGAGACAGUGAGCUCCGGAGGAUCCAUCUGGACUGACAGGAGCGCUGAGGCGGCGCCGGAAAAGCCCAGGCCGGACCCCUUGGAGUUUAAUAUGGACAGUGACACUGAUGUGGAGGGAGAGGAGGAGGAGGAGGGGGAGAGGAAGAGCUCACCACACGCUGCAAAUGGAGAGGCAAGUGCGGAUCUGGUGGCGGGGGCAUCCGCCGGACCUGCCACCAAGCAUCCAGAUUAUCAUAUAGACCGUAAUACUGAUGUCGAGGGAGAUGACCACGAGGUGUCGGACAUUAAUUCCACAAAGGCUUCAGUCAGUGAAGUAGGGGAGAAUCUAUCCAGUCCUGCUGCUGCUGCCCCUGCCCCAUCAGACUUUAACUUGGAGAGUGACACAGAUGUGGAGGAUGAAGAUGAUAUUGUCCGGACUGUGCAGGUGGCCCCUCCACCCACUCACCCAGCCCCAGGAUCUGGUGUGACCGAAUCCAGGCCAGCAAACGCCGCCUCAGCAGAAUUUCACAUGGACAGUGACACAGACGUGGAGGAGGAGGAGGAUGACCAGGCAGAUGUUACACAAGAUGUCAGCGCCGCAGGUUCCACCGCUUCUCGGGACAAACCAGAGGAGCCUCAGUCCCACAGUGCUUCGGACACGGCAGACACCACAGAUGACGGCGACCCGUUCAAGUCCGGCAGCAGCAAAAGCACAGAGGCCCGUGCCGGCCAACAGCCCAUAUCUGCGGCUGCCUUGGAAAUCCAGUCUGACAGUGACACCGACAUGGAGGAUGAGGACGCGGGGCAGCAAGCGGCCCCCGCUGCACCACUGGGCUCCCCACGUCCCUCUGGACUCCAGCCCACUACUGAGGCGGCCCCUGGGGCUCCAGAGUCCACAGCUGCCGCUGCGGAGUCAGACCAGGACACAGAUGUGGAGGAGGGCACCGCAGGGGGCCAACAGCCGGCGCCGCCUCCAGCUGUGACGCCAGCCAAGCCAGAUGAUUUCAACAUGGAUAGCGACACGGAUGUGGAGGAGGAACUAAAGGAGGACAUAAGUCCAAAGAAGCCUUGUGAGAGGGCCUCUACAGCAGGACUCCAGUCCUCAACCCCUUUGGGACCAGCAGGACUACGACUUGAAGAGAUGGAGACUCAGGUCUUCCUCAGUCCAGCGGAUCAUUUUGCGCGCCCCGUAGGCCUUCCACCCUUCAACCCAGCCACAUCCUCUGAUGAUGACUUUGUCCCAGAAACCCAGUCCUUUGUGGCUCAGCCUGGCGGUGGCGGCGCUUCUCCUGAGCUGAGUGCCCUUGAGGAGACGGCUCUGGAGGAGGAGACUCAGCUGUUCUGCGUGGGCGGCGGCGCAGAGCGGUCGGCGCAGCUCCGGCUCAGCCUGUCGGACAGCAGUCGCCUGCAGCAGCAGCUGGCCACCGAGGCCACGCAGGCGUACGCCCUCCCCGAGGUCAGGGGCUUCGACUCGGACGGGGACUCGGACCUGGACGCAACCCAAGACUACGGAGCUCUGCAGGCCACGCAAGCCUACGCGGCAAAGCCGGUGGAAGAUGACGACAGCGCCACGGCUGAAACCCAAGCCUUCUUCAUAGCCCCGCCAAAGAGCACCGACAUUGCUGUUGCCCGUGUUGAAGCCACGCCCCUGCCCCAGAUGGAGGUGCUGCAGGAGGUGGCAGAACCAGGGGAGGAGGAGGAGGCCACCCAGCUGACGGAGUUGGACACCUACUCUCAUAUCUCCACCGCCGACACGGUUAUCCUCCCACGCAGCCAGAGGCUGGGAGGUGAAGAGGCUGGAAGAAUGUCUGACGUGACUCCAACAGAUCUGGUAGGUAGUGCCACCGCCCGUGAAUCCAAGCAGGCAAAUGUACCUGCUGCAGAGAUCUACAUGGACAGCGACACAGAUGUGGAAGAGGAGAACGAUGGCGGCUUGAAGGAGCCACAGCCCACGACUGCCAAGAUCAAGGCUGAGGAACUUCAGCUCCACAGCGAUUCAGAUUCAGCAGACACCGGUGAUGAUGACCCCUUCAAGCCAGGCACGAGCAAAACCACUGUGACCUCCACAGGUGGCCAGCCAUCACACACCACUGCUAGUAUCUCCUGCUCUGAAACCCUACCCAUGUCUGCCAUAAGUGAUGACGAUGAGGAGGAGGAGGAAUCAAAGGCAGUACCUGCUAGAAGAAAAAGGGCUCGUAGGGGACAAGGACGUCUUGAUAGCCAACCUUCCGAGACACUACUUAUUGCUGAAACCCAGCCAGUCAGCAUGAACGAUGAUGUUGAUGAUGAUGCUGAAGAGGAAUCAUCAAAACCUGCAUCCCCCAAACGAAGUGGGAGAGCACGCAGAGGGAAGCCUGCUAAGGCCGCCUUCAGCUCUAGCCUCCUCUCUUCUGCUCAAACGCAGCCGAUGGCCAAUGUAGAUGAGGAAGACCAAGAGGAGGAGGAGGAAGCAAAGCCUGUCGGCCCCAGAAGGAGAGGAAGAAUACGUGGAGGGAGAGGCACCCAGGUGGAGGACAGGCCUGAGGUCACUGAGACUCAGAUCAACUCUGACCUCGCUGUGAUCGAAACUCAGCCCAUGUCCUCCUUUGGUGAUGAAAGCGGUCGAGACAAGGGAGAGCAGAGACCUGCUUCCCCCAAAAGGAGGGGGAGGCCACGCAGAGGUAAGGGGAAGCAGGAGGAAGAUGAGAGCAAGCCUGCUGAGAUGCCUUCAAGCACCUGUCUGUCCACUGCACAAACGCAGCCCAUGGCUGCAUAUGAGGAGGAGGAGGAUGAGGAAGAGGAUACGCAGGCAGCCACUUCUACAUCCAGAGCGAAGACUCGUGGAGCAGGAAAAGAGCCUGUCACCACAAGAAGCACCAGAGGCAGAGGGAAAGUAGAGGAAGAAGAGAGACAGGGAGAAGAGAUGGAGGAGGCAACGAGUGUGGGGUCGAGGAGGCAGACCAGGGGCAAGACUCUUGCAGUGAAGAGAGGAGGACAGAGGAGAGGAGAGGGAGGUGGAGAGGAAGAGGAGGAGGCCGAAGAAAAGCCAGUGCAGGAGGUCAGGAGGGGUCGAGGGAGGAAGAGUGUGGUACAACAGAGAGAAGAGCAAGAGGAGCAAGAGAGGCUGGAGAGAGAGAAAGACCAGCAGGAGAAAGAGAAAAUAGCAAGGGAGCAAAAAGAACAGGAAGAAAAACUUGAAAGGGAAGAGAAGGAAAGGCAGGAAAAAGAAAAGUUAGAGAGAGAAAGAGAAGAGAGGGAGAGACUUGAAAAAGAAAGGAAAGAAAUGGAGGAAAGGGAAAGGGACAAAGAAGAGAAAGAAAGAAAAGAGCAAGAGGAGAAAGACAGGUUGGAGAAAGAAAGACUUGAAAAGGAAAGAAUAGAGAAAGAGAGAAAAGAAGUCGAGGAGAGAGAGAGGCUGGAAAAAGAGAAAGAGGAAAGAGAAAGAGUAGAGAGGGAGCAGAGGGAGAUAGAAGAGAGGGAGAAAAAAGAGCAAGAGGAGAAAGAAAGGCUGGAGAGGGAAAGACUUGAAAAGAAAAGACAAGAAAAAGAAGAAAUGGAAAGAUUAAAGAGGGAGAAGAGAGAGAAGGAACUGAGGGAGAGAAAAGAGGCUCAGGAGUGCGAGAGGCUGGAGAAGGAGAGACUUAAAAAAGAAGAAAAGGAAAGAGUAGAGAGGGAGAGAAGAGAAAAAGAAGAGAAGGAAAGAAAAGAGGCUGAGGAGAGAGAACGACUGGAGAAGGAGAGACUUGAAAAAGAAAGACAAGAAAAAGAAGAAAAGGAAAGAGUAGAGAGGGAAAGAAGAGAGAAAGAAGAGAAGGAAAGAAAAGAGGCUGAGGAGAGAGAACGACUGGAGAAGGAGAAACUUGAAAAGGAAAGACAAGAAAAAGAAGAAAAGGAUAGAGUAGAGAGGGAAAGAAGAGAGAAGGAAGAGAAGGAAAGAAAAGAGGCUGAGGAGAGAGAACGACUGGAGAAGGAGAAACUUGAAAAGGAAAGACAAGAAAAAGAAGAAAAAGAAAGAGUAGAAAGGGGGAGAAGAGAGAAAGAAGAGAAGGAAAGAAAAGAGGCUGAGGAGAGAGAACGACUGGAGAAGGAGAGACUUGAAAAGGAAAGACAAGAAAAAGAAGAAACGGAAAGAUUAAAGAGGGAGAAGAGAGAGAAGGAACUGAGGGAGAAAAAAGAGGCUAAGGAGCGCCAGAGGCUGGAGAAGGAGAGACUUGAAAAAGAAAGACAAGAAAACGAAGAAAAGGAAAGGGUAGAAAGGGAGAGAAGAGAGAAAGAAGAGAAGGAAAGAAAAGAGGCUGAGGAGAGAGAACGACUGGAGAAGGAGAGACUCGAAAAAGAAAGACAAGAAACAGAGGAGGAGGAGAGACUGGACAUGGAGAAGAGGAAAGAGGAAGAGAGAAAGCAAGAGAAGAAAGAAACCAGUGACAAGAAGGCCACUAAAAUGGAGAAACCAGAGAGUGAUGAUAAACCCCAGACGUCCACACGAGGGAGGCGAGCAGCUUCCAGGCGCGCCGCUCCAGCUCCCCCCAGUGGACCGGAGGAGCCGGUGCUGCCCAGUGAUGACUGCCCUGCCCGAAGGACUCGCUCUCGUUCCAGCUCCUCCAACUCCGUCAGCUCAGAGAGAUCCACGUCCAGCGUACGCAGCAGCGCCAGCAGGCAGGGGGCGCCAGAGCCACACGCUUCCUCCAGGCGCUCCUCCAGACGCUCCUCCAGAGCCCCCCCUGCUGGAGAACAGACGCCAUCACUGGAGGAUGGUUCAACUGAGUCCCAGUCUGGAAGAAGAUCUCGAAGGCCAUCUACCUCUAGUAACUCGGUGUGCUCUGAAGUGUCUGAAGCAGCCAGUGUGGCCAGUCAGAGUAAGGGCAGAGGGAGAGGAAGAGGGAGGAAGAGUGUGAGGGGGAAAGACCCAGGCCCAGUGGCAGAGCCUGAACCAGCACCAUCAGAAACCCAAGGCGCCGAACCUUCGGCCACCAAGACCACGGGACGAGGCCGUAGAGGCCGCAAGGCAGGGGCUGGAGACGAGGUCACCGGUGGGGUGUCCGCCCAGGCCAGUGGUGAGGACCAGCCUGCCGAGGAGGAAGCUGCUCCUGCUCCUGCUCCUGCCCCUGCCCCACGGGGUCGAAGGGGAGCCAGCACACCCAAGCCGGACACAGAAGCCACCGGGGAGGGAAGCGAAGCUGCCGCGUCUGAGGGCAAACUGACCAGAGACUCCGUCCCUCAGAAAGCCACCGGCCGUGGACGAGGUAGGGGUCGGAAGGCCGGCCCGUCCAGCCAGAACGCCUCAGCGGAGGAGGACAGCGAAAGCGCCGAGGUCACCAGCGCCGAUGUUUCUGAGGCAGCCAGUCAAGGCAGAGGGAAGAAGAGGAGUCACGAUGACGAGUCGGAGGAACUUGAGGAGGCUGACGAGGUCCGAUUCAAGAUUCCUCGCUCAAAGGGGAAAGUGGCGAAGGGACAGCGGAAAGAGGAGGGUGAGGACGGCACUGGAGGAGCGGAGCCGGAGAGGACAGACGAGGAGGCGGCCCCCGGUCCGGCGGAGAGGAGGGGAAGAGGCCGUUCUUCUCUGGCGCAGAAGAAGAAAGAGGUGAAGAAGGAAGAGGAGAGCGAGGAGGCAGCAGCAGCUGAGCCUGAGGAGUCCUCAGGCGAGGGAUCCAGGAAGCGUGGUGCAGCCGCUGCCGAGUCGCCUACCCCAGCCAAAUCCGUCCGCCGCUCCGUGGGCACCUCACGCCAGGCACACAAGGUGCUGUUCACUGGGGUGUCUGAUGAGGCGGCCGAGGCGGUGGUGACCAGGCUAGGGGGCAGCAUGGCCAGAGGUGUGAGCGAUAUGACGCACCUAGUCACCGAUGCGGUGCGACGGACUGUCAAGUUCAUGUGUGCAGUGGCCAGAGGGGUGCCAAUCGUCACACCCAAUUGGCUGAAAAAGUGUGGGAGGGCCGGGAGCUUUCUGCCUGCCGAUGAGUUUCUGGUGAAGGACGCCGAGCAGGAGAGGAAGUUUAACUUCCGUCUGCAGGACUCCCUGAGCGUGGCCAGCAGCCAGCCCCUCCUACAGGGUUAUGAGAUUCAUGUCACGCGGUCAGUGAAGCCCGAGCCGGCACAGAUGAAGGACAUCAUCACCAGCUGCGGGGCUCGUUACCUUCCCAAGAUGCCCUCUGUCGCCAAGCCCCAGACAGUGGUGGUGUCGUGUGCAGAGGAUGCCGCCCUCUGCUCAGCCGCCGCGACGGCGUCCAUCCCCGUGGUCACCUCCGAGUUCCUCCUGACGGGCAUCCUCCAGCAGCAGGCCGACGUGCUCGCCCACGCCCUCGCCAUCGCCCAAGCUCCUGCUCGGGGCAGGAAGAAGUCGUAGUGCCCACCUCAAAAGACUGACCAGCCGCUGCUGUGUCCGCUGCCAGGGCAGAGCUUCUGGUGGUGGACGUGAGUAAGCGAUGGCCACCACGCCCCCCCCCUCUCUGGUCCUCAGAGAAGAGAAGAGAAGAGCGGAGCGGCUCAUUCCUGGACCUGUCUGUCUGGCUGCUUUCAGUGGGUUCUGCAUCAGAGUCUGUUCUGCUGUGUGGCCCUCACUGCUGCUUGGACCUCUUGAUUGUUCACUGCUUUAUCAUCUGCUAUUUAUCCAAAUGACAUAGUCUGGAGGGUUUUUAAUCAAUGAAUAUCCUGUUGCUAAUGGACUUAAAACUGUGAAGCCUUCUGUGCUUUCAUAGACAUAAAAACUCAGAUGAUAUUGCAGUUGUAAUAAAUAAUAUGUGUUAUUGUCCUUAUAUCAACCUGUAAUGCCUUCAACAAAGGGUCAUAUGUCGAUUAAACAUUUUUAU